ACUGCCCGGUCCUGCCCACUGGGGAGUUUCCCUCAUUGCAUGGAAAUGAGAAUGAAAUCUCUGUUGCUUUUCCUUUCCCUGUUCUCCGCCCCCACCUGUGUCCUGUCUCAGGUGCAGCUGGUCCAGUCCGGCCUGGGAACGGUGAAGCCUGGAGAGACCCUCACCCUGACCUGCGCUGUCUCGGGUGUAUCCAUCACUGAUAGCAGCUACGCUUGGAACUGGGUCCGGCAGCCCCCCGGGAAAGGGCUGGAGUGGAUGGGGUAUGUGUACCCGUAUAGUAGCGGGAGCACAAGCUACGCCCCGUCUCUCCAGGGCCGAAUCACCAUCUCUGGAGACACCGCCAAGAACCAGUUCUCCCUGCAGCUCCGCUCGCUGACAGCUGCAGACACCGCCACCUAUUACUGCGCCAGGGGCACGUGCUUGGUUUGCUGGUGCCUAGAGCCGGCCCUGAUCCCCAGCCUGGAGAGCGGGGCUGGAUCCAUGAUUUCACCCAGAAAUUGGGGCUGUGACUACUUCCCCCUUAGAUGUUCCCAGGAGCUCUGUUCCUAUUGGCAGAGGCUGUACGUGCCUUAUGCAGCCAGUCCAGUCCAGCCCAGGACCAGCGAAGGCGGAGAGACCCUCACACUGACCUGCGCUGUCUCCGGGUUCUCCAUCAUGACUCCGCAGUACGAGCUGGACGGGAUCCAGCAGCCCGCUGGGAAAGGGCUGGAGUGGGUGGCUUAUGUAGUUGCAGACAGUGGUGGUUCUGGAUACACCUUCAGCAGCCACCGGAUGAGCUGGGUCCGCCAGGCUCCCGGGAAGGGACUGGAGUGGGUCGCCUACAUUUACAGCACCAGCAUAUACUACAGUGACUCG